AGUUGCCCUAAGAAUUCGUCCUUUGAGCGAAAAAGAAACAAUCCAAGGUUGUACCGAGUGCUUAACACUUAUCCCUGAUGCCCCGCAGCAGAUUCUCAUCGGUACCGACCGCUCAUUCACUUUUGACUACGUUUUUCCUUCGGAUACCGAACAAGAUGAAGUUUUUCAAGAUUGUGCUAUAUCUCUUCUUGACAAAUUUGUUGAAGG